AUGAGAUUCGGAUUGAUUGCUUCUCUCGCCUUGGUUGGCACUUCUGCCGCCUCGGCCGUCAUCGACCUCAUCCCCAAGAACUUCGACGACAUCGUCCUCAAGUCUGGAAAGCCUGCUCUGGUCGAGUUCUUCGCCCCAUGGUGUGGUCACUGCAAGACCCUGGCUCCGGUCUACGAGGAACUGGCUUCUUCGUUCGAAUUCGCAAAGGACAAGGUCACUAUCGCUAAGGUUGAUGCUGAUGCCCACAAGGAGCUCGGCCGCAGAUUCGGUGUUCAAGGCUUCCCUACCCUCAAGUGGUUCGACGGAAAGAGCGACACNCCCCAGGACUACAACAGCGGCAGAGACAUUGAGAGUCUGUCUGCCUUCAUCUCCGAGAAGACUGGCCUCAAGCAGAAGAAGAAGGCCGCCGCUCCCAGCAAUGUCGAGAUGUUGAACGACCAGACCUUCAAGACCGAGAUUGGCGGUGACAAGGAUGUCAUUGUUGCCUUCACUGCCCCUUGGUGUGGACGUAAGCAGCGAAUGCCACUCUCUGAGCAGGGCAAGUAUGCUGACUUCUUUGCAGACUGCAAGACCCUUGCUCCUAUCUGGGAAAAGCUCGCCAACGACUACGCCAACGAACCCAAUGUCCUCGUCGCCAAGGUUGACGCUGAAGCCGAAAACGCAAAGGCCACUGCCCAGAAGCAGGGUAUCAAGGGUUACCCUACCAUCAAGUUCUUCCCCAAGGGUUCUACUGAGCCUGUCGCCUACGAGGGUGGCCGUUCCGAGGACGCUCUUGUCAAGUACCUCAACGAGAAGGCUGGUACUCACCGUACCGUUGGUGGUGGCCUCGAUAUCACUGCUGGCACCAUUGCCGCUCUCGACAGCUUCGUUUCCAAGUACACCAGCGGUGGCGCUCUUGAAACCAUCCAGAAGGAGAUCUUGGCCGCUUCCGAGAACAUCAAGGACACCUACGCUCAGUACUACGUCAAGGUCUUCGAUAAGCUCGCCCAGAACCCUGGUUACGUCGAGAAGGAGUCUAAGAGACUGAACAGCCUGCUCAAGAAGGGUGGUCUCGCCCCUGAGAAGGUUGACGAUCUGACCAAGCGUAGCAACAUCCUCAGCAAGUUUGUUGCCAAGGUCCAGAGCGUCAAGGAGGAGCUUUAA